UAUGAACCCUCGAAUGACACUCAAUAAUAGAGGAUAACAACCUCAAUAGCCAAAUGGUCUUAGAAAUGAUUAUUAAAGUGUUGUUUAAGUAAAUAGUGUAAACAUUAUAUAAAGGGUAUCUAAUCUUUAAUGGGAAUCUCAUUUUCAGCUAUUUAAUUAUGUUUAUUUGGUUCAAUGCUGAUUGAGAAAACAAAAAAGUUAUUGGAAUUUAUUAAAUCUGGAGCUGUUACUUCAAUAAAUAAACUAUUAACAUUGCUUAGAAUCAAAUAAUUUCUUAAAGGGGAAUUGACUAUGACAUAGAUAGGUAAAUCAAUAGUAAACACUAGUACUCAAGUUGGUAAGUAAUGGAUAAUUGCUUUACGAUUGCUUUUGUUAGUUGGUAUUCUUAAAUUAAAUAUGCAGUCAUUCUAUUGAUUGGUGCGUUGUUAGCACAUAUGAAGAGAAAAAUCAAAGAAAAAUAAGAAAUUGAAGUUGCACAAAAGUAAGCAGAUAUUGAAGAAGCAGAAUAAUAAUAAUAAUUAGAUAAUCAACUUGACACAUCUCAAUUACCAAUAUAAUAGAAUGAUUUCUGGAAUCAUAUUGAAGAAAAUAUAUCCAAUUAAGAAUUAUAACCAUAAUAAUAACAAUAACAAUAAUCAAACCCUAUCCCUACAUUUAAUUAUCUUAAUGAUCUCCCAGGAUUCUCCAAUAAUGGUAAUCCAAGUAAACCAUGGAUGAAAUGA